CCCUUUCUCUUACUGCUGCUACUUUACCCUUUUGCUUUUACGCAAAACCUACACACACACACACAUAACCACCUCUCUCUUUAUACCACACACAUCCUCACAUAACUCGCCAUGGCUCCUAUCGACUCGGCUCCCAUUGAUCCAAAUGCUCCUUUGAAGAAGAAGCCCGUAUCAUACAAGAACUUGGCACUUGGUGCAGCUCUGAACCUGUUCGAAGUAUCCACACUCGGCCAGCCUUUCGAGGUCGUCAAAACACAGCUUGCUGCAAACCGUGGCCAGUCGAUGGCGGAAGCACUGAAAACGAUCUAUAGCCGAGGCGGCGUUCUCGGCUUUUAUCAGGGGCUGAUUCCGUGGGCAUGGAUCGAGGGCGCAACCAAGGGGGCGGUCCUUCUCUUUACUGCGUCCGAGUUUGAGUAUCGUUCGCGGGCAGCGGGUGCUUCUCCCUUUCUGGCCGGUAUAAUUGGUGGUAUGACUGGUGGUAUCGCUCAAGCUUACAGUACCAUGGGCUUCUGUACGUUCAUGAAGACGGUCGAAGUAACCAGACACAAGUCAGGCGCACAGGAAUCAACAUUCAAGAUCGCUGCCGAUAUUUUCAAACGCGAAGGUAUUGCUGGUAUCAACAAGGGCGUCAAUGCCGUCGCCGUCCGACAAUGCACAAACUGGGCCUCGCGCUUUGGAAUAACCCGUUUCACACAAGAAUCCAUCGUUCGUAUGCGACACGGAAAGGAUGCCGAUGUAUCCCGCGCCUCCUCCCUCGAUAAAGCCAUGGCUUCUAUUACUGGUGGUGCCUUGUCGUGCUGGAACCAGCCCAUCGAGGUUAUUCGUGUUGAGAUGCAAUCACAAGUCAAGGCUGAGGGUCGUCCUGACAAGAUGUCAAUCGCUACUGCAAGUAAAUGGAUUUACAAGAACAAUGGCGUUAAGGGAUUCUAUCGUGGUGUAUUACCCCGUAUUGGUCUGGGAGCAUGGCAAACGCUCUGCAUGGUGGCGCUUGGCGAUUAUUUCCGACAGUUGUUCGGUACAAACUAAUAAUAGAUCUUUACGGUUGCCUAUAAUAAUAAAUGUACAGCUUCUUUCUUUUACAUACCCUCUGCAAAAGAGGAAUAA